AUGGAAGCACCCACUCAAAAACGUACUCCUAGUCGCUGUCGAGAGUGGGAACGUGCCAGGCGUAACAAAUUUAAUGAUGCUAUAACUAAACUUGGUGAAGUUGUAAAAGCUAUCAACAAAACAAACUUCCCUGAUUCAGAUGCUGAUGAUGCUCAAUGUCCAAAAGUUGAAAUAAUUCAAAAAGCUAUAGUAUGCCUAACCAACUGCGGUCAACAAAUAACAAAUUUGAAAGCAGAUAUUUUAGCUGUGAAAGUACAACUUGAAACAACUAAACCAAAAGAUAAAUCUAUUAAAGAUGCUUCAACACAAGUUUAUUAUGGAUUAUCUAAGAAGCGUAAAGAUGGAAAGUAUGUGAAACUACUAAUGCUGAAAAAGAGUAAAACUAAAAGCAAUAAAAACAUAGUACAGAAUAAAAAUAAGCCACAGCUCGACUCCAUCAGAAAGCUGCCCAAGCUCUUACCAAGAGGUGGAACAUCUGAGAAGAAAGGUCCAGAAAAUACGAUAGUAGUACUGCCAGCAGCGCCUUACAUGUUUCCAUCAAGACCAUUAUUAUUUCCAGCAGUGCCACCAGCUAUUGUUUUAGUAGAUCAGAAUAUGCAACCAUUGAGUAAAGGACCUCUAUUGAAUAGAAAUAACGGAGAUAUCACAAAAACAACAAUGGUCAAUAUCCUACCAAUAUCUGCAUAUUCACAUCCUCUAUCAGCUGUAAAAAAUAAAAAGCAAAAUGUAAAAUUGAAAAGUUAUAUCUCUAAAAAGUUAAACCAAAAAACUAAACCAACUGGUAACACUGCAAAAGAACCCUUAAAAGUUAGUGAAUCAAAGACGCCCACAGUUGUUACCAAACAAAAUAAAACACCUGAAAAUUCUAAUAAAGAAAAUGAUGAGAGUAAUAAGGUUGUUCCGAACAAAGAGAAAAAAAUGGAAACUGAUAAAAACACGAUUAAAAAUGCAACUCAGUCCAUAAAGGAGGUGGAUAAAAUACAAAAAGAGGAAACUAUUACUGUUAAUAAAAUUAACAGUGAUGUAUCGGACAUAAAUAUUUGUAAAAGUAAGGAAAACGAAGUUCCUAAUGUUAUAGAUAAGCCUAAGAGUCCAGAAACCGUCACAAAAGAAUUGCCAAUUAAUGUAGUAACUACCUGUAGUGCCCAAAAUACUGAUACCGUUAAAUGUUUAAUUGAAAAUAAGACUAUGAAAAGCUCAGCAAGCAAAGAGAAUGUAACAGAGAGUAAACUUAAACAAAACAAAUUGCCUAAUAUUUUGCCCUUAGAUACGCCAUUAUGUGAUAAUGUUGUUGAUACAGGCAAUGCACGUCUAGAAUUAGCAGAGGAAUUUCUAGCCACUUCACCAACUGCCGCAUUUCUUAUGUCAUUUCCGUUAGUCAGUGGUAACAGAGCUGACAGCCCUGCUGAUGAAAAUUCUCAUAGCACUACUCCAGCUAAUCCAAAAGAAAGCCAAAGAAGAACUGAAAUAGCUCCACCACCUGUUACAUACUUCGAAAAACCGACUAAUGACAUAAAAACUAAAUCAGCAAAUAAACUCUCUGAUCCCUGUAAUACAACGAGUAAAGAAAAUGAACAGCAAAAAUGUGUCACUAACGUGGUCACUAAAGAAUCAAAUAACAAUAUUACCAUAACUAAACCCUCCAAUACAGCCCCAUUGCCAAGCAUAAGCAGUGAAAAUCCAUUCUUAAACUUACCUAUGCCUUCAUUGAUAUCAACCAAUUGCACAUUAGCAGAUACUAAUUUUGGCUUGGAAUUUGACUGUAACAUAAGUAAAUCUAUACCAAGUCAAUCCAGCAGUUACGUAAGUAGUAAUAACUUUUUCUAUAAGAGUGAUCCAUUUGGUACUGUUAAAAACAGUAUUUACAGUACUAGUAGUAUUACUUCUGGCCAUGAAUUUAAUAGUCUCGGGCUCUAUCCUUGCGCUAUGGAAAAAUAUGCGGCUAAGAAUAAAACGGAUUAUUCAAGUGUUGAUGACAACCUUAUGAAAAUUGGAUCGUCAAGAUUAACAUACGAUAUUGACUUGGGUUGGUCACACAAAGGCUUGGAUUUUGUAAAUUGUACCACCACCACCACCACCACAAACACUUUUAAUAAGGACACUAUAUUAACGAGUACUGCUACGCCGUAUACAACUUCUUAUAAUCCCUUCAAUCCUGAUUUUCAUGUCCCCUUAGUACCUAGUAAGAAAGAUAAUUCUAACAAAGUUCCUAGCUCUUCGCUCGCGGAUACUAUUACUAGUUUUUAUUCGCAGCCCACGAAUUUAUGGUCUGAAGACGUACCGUUUUAUACUAAUAAUAAUAUAUCAAAAGCUUUAACUUCAAAAAAUCAGAAUUAUCCCGCAUUAGAUAAUUCACAAACGAAUACUAAUACGAAAUUAAAUAUAAAUAAACAUUAUGAAACUAAAAUGACAGAAGCUGUCGCUGACGGCGUCCCUGGGAUCAAAGAUAGCAAUACUGUAGAAAAAUAUACAAAAAAGUCUCCAAACAAAAUGCAUAUUAACUGGAUGACGUCCGAAAUAAGAUCGGUGCAAAACAAUUGUAACCCUGUGCUACCUCAUCCGGAAAUAAAGGAUACCCAUAAAUCUUACAAUAACAGCGACCAUUCUGUAAAAAAGCAUGAUCAUAAUGAGGGCAAUUAUUUUCCUAUAUCAAUGCAUAAUUUCCCCACACAACCAGUUCAAGAAGAAUUCCCAGUGUGGCCUGCUUCCACAAGACCUUUAGGAACUACGGAAAUAAGUAUUGACCCACCGCCUAUAAACCUGCCGACUUUAGUUGGAGAUCUAGCUCUGGGCCCACAUGAGAAGAAUAAAAAAGCAGAUUUAACAAACCGGACAGCGACGCAAACCGACAUACAAAACUGUGGCAAUUUUCUUUCUGUGACACAGCUGAUGAACCGUUCAACAGACAAUAUGCAGUCACGAUUUCAAGUGCCCAAUAUCGAACCUUCUAAAUCCAUACCAGCAAAACAACAUACUAAUAAUUUUGCUAAUGAAACUCAUCGCAAAAGUAUGAUGAAUUUAGAAAACCAUAUGCCACAACCUUGUUAUGUUUUCAAUGAUCUUAAAGUGGUAAAUUCCUAUGACAAUAUGGCGCAGUUUACACAACCUAAACCAAAAUUAAAUAGCAAAGCUGAAAAGUCUUCUAAGUCUCAAAAGAAUAAUUAUUCCACGGAGGCUUUGCUAAGAGGAGCAAACUGUACCCAAAAAAUUCAUGAUACCAACAGUACUAAGUUCAUGAUGCCAUCACAGAAGUACCCGGACUACAGUAACACCCAGGACUCCGGUGUCGCACAAGUGUCACAUUUCCCACCUAUUAUAGAUUAUUCAGAUAACGGCUACACUAGCCAACAAUUUUCAGGAACAACUUUGUACAAUACCACUACAAAUACAAUAUCUAACUCGUUUUACUCAAACUUUAUGCCAGGAAGUAGUAAUUUAAUGCCUAGUAAUUAUGCAAGUGCACCUUUCACGGGUGAUUUCAUCGAUUACAACCAAACUGCAGAAUGCAAUUACGCUAAUCACAAGUACGAGGAGCUUAAGAUGAGGAAUAAUACAGCCAUGUUCCAAACAGAGAAGGUCCCUACUAACUAUAAAAGUUCAAGGCGAGAAUCAACAAAACAUAAACUAGAAUGUUCCAAAAAAGAGUCUAGUAAGAAAUAUCAAAGCAAAAAAGCUAAAAUGAAUAAUGAAAUUGAAGAUUGGAAUGAUUCAUCUCAUUUAAUAUGGCAAAAUAAGAUGUCAAGUAAAAAACAUACUAAUCUAAUGUCGGAGGAAUUGCCUUUUCCAAACUACGUAGGCAAUCAAAUGCCGGCUCAGUAUCAGAGUGAUUUCUUUAACAGUCACCUGAUGCCCACGAACAUGCAAAGCAUGGGGCACAAUGUCGAUCGAUCGUUAGCUGGUUUACCUGUCACCUCACGGGCUAACUUCAAUUUGAGCACUAUAUUUCCAGAAAUUACCAUGAAGGUGCAAUGA